GUGAACUCGAACUCGGAGCCCUGAGUGUCUGCGCCGAGCAGCUCGGCCUCCUCGGUGUCCAGGAAGGAUAAAGCCCGGCCCAAAACAACAUGUACAGGAUCUGAAAAGAUGGAGAUGGAGGUUGGAAAACAUCCUUGUCCUGGGAAUAUUGUGCAGCAAAAGGAGGGGAAAAGGAGUCAGGAGAACACAGCAGUCACCACUUCUGCAGAAAGACUGAAUUCAUCUUAUUUUUAAGCCUCUGAGCAGAAUAAACCGUUCAGACCAAAGCGUGACGGGGAGAAAGCGCGAAAUAACAUUUUGAGGAUGAAAGUGGAACUUGGAAGGAAAAAAAAAAGACCGUGCAAAGCCAGGUGGCUGCUUGCUGUGAACACUUUAUUUAUUAAUAAACACAACACACUCGAAACAUUUGGCUGCUUGACAGAAUCCUCAAAAGUCUUGRAAAGGGAUCAAAGUUCUGGUUCCUGUCCCURUCCCUGUCCCUGCCACAGCCCAGRGAAUGACGGUGCUUUUAAGGACAAUUGCUGUGGAAAACUCCCCUGGAAUUGCGGUUCCUGCCUCCCCGUGCCAGCGGGAGGUGGCUUUGUCCCCUGAGGGUGGCGUUGGGGACAUUUCGGUGCUGCUGUCUGAGGUGCUGAAGCCGCAGAUCCCCCAGCACGGGCUGGGCCUGGCCGAAAGGARCAGCAGGGGCUGGAAAAGCGGCUGGAAAACCGAUCUGGCUGGGUUUAAACUGGCCAAAAUGGUCUUUAUACCAACACAGAGGAAAGGCAGUUGAAUUUCAGGGUCAGUUUUCUUCAUUGCAAUGCUGGAAGUGCUGAGGGUUUGAAAGAUGAAAUGGAGACACGAAGCGGGCGGUGAAGCUCCCGGCUGGAGGUUUUUGGUGUGCCAGCCCUGUUYGGUGGCUCAGAUCUGGGCUGCUGACUCACCGUGCAGCCAAUGUGGCGUUUAAAAAGGCAACGCUUGGCAAAACUGGCACAAUUCCCUGCUUUUCCCGUUUUCCUGCGGAUCRGGAGCUGGGAUUCACAGGGCACAGCCGUGGAAAGAGAACAGAGAUCCAAUUGGGGAUAUAUAAAUAUAAAUUGGGGAUGUAACUUUGUGAAGGAAAAUGAGAAGAUUUUGGCAUUUCUGCAGGGAUUUUGAAUGAAGAAGGUUCUUAGAAAUUAAAGAUGCUGUUUCCAUCCCCGUUUAAGGAAUUUGAGCCAGCACAGGAGGACAGGGACUGGCACCGUGGCACAAGGAGAGUUCCUUCAACGCUCUCCGUUGGAGGAGCACCAGGAAUGACGUCCAGCCCCGUCCCGGCAUCGCAGGAAGAACUCCGGGGGAAGGAAUGUGGCUCCAUAAAUAGCAACCCACGAAUGGGGAGCGCAGGGGAAACCUGCGGGUCCCAAAGUCCCUGCAGGAGCAGCUGCUGCACCCGCCCGGCCCCAAAAAGCCGAGAUGGUUCCGGCUCUGGCUGCGCUUCUGCUGCUGCUCUCCUGUGCCCCCUCCUCCUGUCAGCAGAGGAGGAUAGAUCCCAGCCGGCCGCACCCGAGCGCGCCCCGCAAAGACCUCGCCUUCGGAAAUCCCAUCCCCCGGAAUGCCGGGAAUGCCUUGGGAACAGGAGGAGGAGAAGCCGGGCCAGAGAUGCUGCAGGAGAUGAGGGAAACCAAUCGGGUGCUGCUGGAAGUUCGGGAUUUGUUGAAGCAGCAGUGGCUUUGUUUUGUUGCAACCUGGAGAGUUUCAGCCAAGCUGGGGCAGCUCUCGAGGAAUUUCUGUGCGAUUUUAUCUUCCCUAAAACAAAACCCCAGGAGCUGGCGGUGCCCUGGAGCCACCCCUGGCACUGCCCUGGGCAUCUCUGUCUCGUUGCAGUGCAAUGCCAACCCCUGCUUCCCCAAAGUGCAGUGCAUCAACACCAGCCCCGGCUUCCGCUGCGACCCCUGCCCGCCCGGCUUCACCGGGCAGCUGCUGGAGGGCGUGGGGCUGAGCUUCGCCAGGGCCAACCGCCAGGGACYGACCCCGCUCGCUGUCCCCUUGCAGUGCCUCGUGGGCUGGGCAGGGAACGGUUACGUGUGCGGGAAGGACACGGACAUCGACGGCGUGCCCGACGAGAAACAGCGCUGCUCCGACAGGAGCUGCCGCAAGGACAACUGCAUGACCGUCCCCAACUCGGGCCAGGAGGACGCGGACAGGGACGGCAUCGGGGACGCGUGCGACGAUGACGCCGACGGGGACGGGAUCCCCAACGCCGAGGACAAUUGUGUGUACACCCGCAAUGCUGACCAGCGCAACGCCGACAAGGACAACUUUGGGGACGCGUGUGACAACUGCCGGCAGGUGAAGAACAACGACCAGCGGGACAUCGAUGGGGACGGCAAGGGCGACGAGUGCGACGACGACAUGGACGGGGACGGGAUCAAAAACCCCAUGGACAACUGCAGGAGGGUCCCCAACCCCGACCAGCGGGACAGGGAUGGGGACGGUGUUGGGGACGCCUGUGACAGCUGCCCMACCCUCAGCAACCCCGACCAGGCUGCCCAGGGCUGAGCAAACCCCGAGCCAGGGCAGGAGCAGCUGCUCCAGGCUCCUUCCUCCUCCUCCUCCUCCCCCUGCCCAGGGGACGGCGUGGGGAACGUGUGUGAGAACGACUUUGACCGGGACGCGGUGAUCGACCGCAUCGACGUCUGCCCCGAGAACGCCGAGGUGACGCUCACCGACUUCAGAGCCUUCCAGACCGUGGUGCUGGACCCCGAGGGCGACGCUCAGAUCGACCCCAACUGGAUCGUCCUCAACCAGGGCAUGGAGAUUGUCCAGACCAUGAACAGCGACCCAGGCCUGGCUGUAGGGUACACAGCGUUCAACGGGGUGGACUUUGAGGGCACCUUCCACGUCAACACGGCCACAGACGACGACUACGCCGGCUUCAUCUUCAGCUACCAGGACAGCGCCAGCUUCUACGUGGUGAUGUGGAAGCAGAUGGAGCAGACCUACUGGCAGGCCAACCCCUUCCGGGCCGUGGCCGAGCCCGGCAUUCAGCUGAAGGCAGUGAAAUCCAAGACAGGCCCAGGGGAGUAUCUCCGGAAUUCCCUGUGGCACACGGGAGACACCACGGACCAGGUGAAGCUGCUCUGGAAGGACCCUCGGAAUUCGGGCUGGAAGGACAAGACCUCGUACCGCUGGUUCCUGCAGCACCGGCCCCAGGUCGGCUACAUCAGGGCUCGGUUCUACGAAGGCCCUGAGGUCGUGGCAGACACUGGGGUUGUCCUGGACACCACCAUGAGAGGGGGACGCCUCGGGGUCUUCUGCUUCUCCCAGGAGAACAUCAUCUGGUCCAACCUSCGUUACCGCUGCAAUGACACCAUCCCCGAGGACUACGAGACUUUCCGAGUCCAGCAGGACUAAUCCCCCCGGAACGUCCCUCCAGCCCCACUGCUCCCCAAACCCCGCUCCUGCUCUGGAAUUCUGCCCCGAGAACUGUCAGCACUGCGCCCUCACAGCCUCCAGCACCUCUUCCCCCAAUUCCUUCAAACGCUCCACAAAUCCUCCGGGAAGGGCAGAGGUGGAGACAGGGAGUGACAGAAGCCUGAGCUGCUGCAGCCCCGGUUCCCGUGCUGGGAGCUCCCUGCAGCAGCUGCGAUUGUUGGAGGGAGUUGAGCGUGGAUGAUUCCCAGGAAUCUUUUCCCACUCCAAAGCUCCUGAGUGUCAAUGGUGUUCUCCUUUUCAAGACCCAGCUCGAGUCUGAGAAGGACAMGCGGAGCAGCCUCGGUACAAGUUGCUCAUUUUAAUUAAAAAAAAAAAAAAAGGCACUCUAAGGAGAGUCUCUUUGUUCUGGAAUGUUGGAUAAUAAAACACGUGGAAUGCUGGAUAAUAAA